ACACAGCAACGGUCGGACCCGAGCUCCGAGAAGGCGCUAACCCCCAGGCCAGGCAGUCUCCAACGGAGCAGAGGCUACAGGGGGCCGUGGCAGCAUCAUCCAUGGCCGCCGCACCGCCGCUCCGGGUCCGGGCUCUCCCCCUCCUCCUGCUGCUCUGCGCCGCCUUCUCCUUCCACGCGGCGCACGGGGUGAGCGGCGGCGGCGGCCACGGGCUCGGCGUCAACUACGGCCGGGUGGCGGACGACAUCCCCUCGCCGCGGCGGUCCGUGGAGCUGCUCCGCGCGGCGGGGGCCGGGUCCGUCAAGAUCUACGACGCCAACCCGGGCGUACUCCGCGCGCUGGCGGGCACGCGCUGGCCCGUCUCCAUCAUGGUGCCGAACCAGAUCAUCCCGGACAUCGCCGCCUCGGCCGCCGCCGCGGACCGCUGGGUCGCCGAGAACCUGGUCCCCUACUACCCGGCGACGCGGGUCAAGUUCCUCCUCGUGGGGAACGAGAUCCUCUCCGACUACUCCAUCGCCAACUCCACCUGGCUGCGCCUGGUCCCGGCGAUGGAGAACAUCCACCUGAGCCUACGCAAGCGGGGCAUCAGCAGCGUCAAGAUCGGCACCACGCUCGCCAUGGACGCGCUCGCCGACGGCGACUUCCCGCGCCCGCCGUCCGCCGCGGCCUUCCGCCCCGACAUCGCCGCGUCCGUCGUGCGCCCGCUGCUGCACUUCCUGAACGGGACCAACUCCUACUACUUCGUCGACGCCUACCCCUACUUCGUCUGGGCGGGCCACAACCUCACCGUCCCGCUCGACUACGCGCUCUUCCAGGGCGGACACACCCGCUACGUCGACCCGGUCACCGGGCUGACAUACACCAACCUGCUCGACGAAAUGCUUGACGCGGUGACCAUUGCGAUGGCGAAGCUCGGGUACGGCCGCGUCAAGCUUGCCGUCGCGGAGACCGGGUGGCCCAACGGCUGCGACUACGACCAGAUUGGCGGCAACGUCCACAACGCCGCCAUCUACAACAGGAACCUCGCGGCACGGAUGGCCAAGAACCCGGGCACGCCGCUGCGGCCGGGAGCCAAGAUGCCGGUGUUCGUGUUCUCACUCUACAACGAGGACCUCAAGGGCGGGCCGGGCACCGAGCGGCAUUGGGGCCUGUACUACGCCAACGGCACGGCAGUCUACCCGAUCGACCUCACCGGCCGGCGGCCGCUGUGGUCCUACCCGCCGCUGCCAGCGCUGGAGAACAAUACCCCGUACAAGGGGCCGAUUUGGUGCGUGCUCUCAGCCGCCGCCAGCAAGAAGCUGAACGAGACAGCGGUGGGGAACGCGCUGGCGUACGCGUGCGGGCAGGGAAACGGGACCUGCGCCGCCAUCCAGCCCGGGGAGAAAUGCUACCUGCCGAACACGACGGUGGCUCACGCCAGCUACGCGUUCAACUCGUACUGGCAGCAGUUCAGGAAGACUGGAGCAACGUGCUACUUCAACAACCUUGCCGAGCAGACUAUCAAAAAUCCAAGCCAUGGCUCCUGCAAGUUCCGCAGCUCGUUAGACUCCUAACUGGCUCUGCCUGGGCGAACGGAGGGGGAGAAAGCACAUUCAUGCGAUUCUUGAUUUUGUGUAAACCCGGCUAGACGACUAGCGUACUUGAGAGCUAAUAUAGGGCGGGGACGUGCUUUUGGCACCGUAGAUGUCGUCCUCACUUCUCACUCAGACUUUGGCUGUAACAGUGGAGACUUGCUCUGUUGCUCGUGCUCACACUUGGAAUUCAGAAAUGGAAGGUCGCUUGCCAA